UUCAAACUCAAGUCAAUUUUGCAGCCCAAAGCCCCCAACAUUUUGCUGCAAGAUUUACCCAGGUUAUGUUAUCUUCACCUUUUUCCAAUACCCAUAUCAUAAAUCUUGAUAAAUUAUUCACCAAUUAAAAAAGAUUCUUAACCAGAAUAUAAAAACCUCAAUCUUUAUUCACCAAGUUAACAACUUUAUUUAUCUUGAUUAGGCUUAAGUUUAUUACAGAAAACCAAGUUAACAACUUUCUUUAUCUUGAUCAGGCAUAAAUUUUAUAGCUUUUUUUGAAAUUUUAGUACUUUGAUUUAUUUACCAUAUGUAUCAAUGGCUCAAUCUUUAUCUCCAAGUUUUGAUUUUUAUAAGAUUUUAUCAUUACCCAUUUGCCCAUGUUUCCAAACAAUCCAAUUAAGUAGAAAAAAAGUUUCAAGAAAAAGGGGUGUGGUUCUGGCUAGUUUAGCUCCAUUUGAUGAAAGGAACCAAUCUUUGAGCUUAGAUAUUGCGAAUUCGGUUAAAAGAGGAAUGAAAAGCUACUCGGAAAGCCGAGUUUCGGGUGAGUUAGAUCAGGGUGAAAAAGAAUUAGGUUGUUAUAAUGAGUUUAGUGGAUUUAGAGAUGAUCCUAUUGUAGGUAAGUUAAGAACUCAAUUAGGGGUUAUACAUCCGAUAUCUUUACCUCCUUUUAACAAAAAUAUAGGUGGAAUGUUUGUUUUCUUUUUUGUUUUCGGGGUUGUGUUUGAUAAACUUUGGACAUUGAGAAAGAAAAGUAGUAAUAAUGAGGGAGAAAAACUUGGAAUGUGGCCACAAGUGCCCACUAGUUUUUCGUUGUUUCUCGAGAAAGAUUUGCAGAGGAAGGAGUCAGUUGAGUGGGUUAACAUGGUGUUGGGGAAGUUAUGGAAGGUUUAUAGAGGUGGGCUCGAGAAUUGGGUUAUCGGUUUGCUUCAACCAGUUAUUGAUGAUCUAAAGAAACCUGAUUAUGUUGAAAGAGUUGAAAUAAAGCAGUUUUCGCUUGGGGAUGAGCCGUUUGUCGUUAGAAAUGUUGAACGAAGGACUUCUCGCAGCAUCAAUGAUUUACAGUACCAAAUAGGUUUACGUUACACUGGUGGUGCUCGAAUGCUUCUAAUGCUGACACUAAAACUUGGGAUUAUUCCAAUUAAGGUGCCAGUUGGUAUUCGGGACUUUGAUAUUGAUGGAGAACUUUGGGUUAAACUGAGAUUGAUUCCAACUAAGCCUUGGGUGGGAGCUGCUUCAUGGGCUUUUGUCUCACUUCCAAAAAUAAAGUUUGAGUUGUCACCAUUUCGGCUGUUUAAUUUAAUGGCCAUCCCUGUACUCUCGAUGUUUUUGAAAAAGCUUUUGACUGAGGAUUUGCCACGACUCUUUGUGCGUCCUAAAAAGAUUGUCUUAGACUUUCAAAAGGGAAAAGCUGCUGGUCCCCUACAAAAUGAUUUCAAAUCUGGGGAAAUGCAAGAAGGAAACAAAAAUUUUGUUGGUGAACUUUCUGUCACUCUUGUUGAUGCUCGGAAACUCUCUUACAUCUUCUAUGGGAAAACAGAUCCAUAUGUUGAGUUAAGGCUGGAAGAUCAAGUGAUGCGCAGUAAAAAGAAUAGUCAAACAACUGUCACUGGUCCUCCAGGACAGCCAAUAUGGAAUCAGGAUUUUAGUAUGCUAGUUACAAACCCAAGAAAACAAAAAUUGUUGAUACAAGUGAAGGAUUCUCUUGGCUUUGUACACUUGACCGUUGGUGCCGGAGAGGUUGAUCUACGAUCUUUAAAAGAUACAGUACCAACAGAUAGGGUUGUGACCCUCCAAGGAGGUUGGGGACUGUUGAAUAAGGGCUCUUCUGGAGAGAUCCUACUUAGACUUACAUAUAAAUCUUAUGUUGAAGACGAAGAGGAUGAGAAGAUCGAGUCUGAUACAGAUGCGUCAGAUGAUGAGUUUUUGGACCUGAUGCCACCCGACACUACAUACAAGCCUACAUCACGUGGGUCAGAUAAAGAAACGUUCAUGGAUGUUUUAGCAGCCUUCAUUGUCAGUGAGGAAUUUCAAGGAAUAGUGGCUUCUGAAUCAUCAAAUACCGUAACAGAUAUGAGACCAACAACUACGCCCCCUGGUCAAACAGCCAAUCUUGCAAAGCCUGAAUCUGAUUCUGGAGGUAGUGACCACAUUUCACCUAUUGUUUCUUUCAUUCAGACAGGUUGUGCUGACCAAACUAUAGAUUUAUCUGCAGGAUCAGCGUUAUUCUGGCUUGGCGUGAUCACAAGUAUCUCGAUACUAACAGCCAUUAACAUGGGUGGCUCAAAUAUCUUCAAUCCUUGAUGAGAUGCACAUAGUUUCACGGUAAUCAAGUAAUUCUUGAAUUUUGAUAACCUUCUGGCCUAACUAUUGAGCAGGGAAAUGCUAGUUUAGGGCUGGAAUAACUUUUUAAACAUGACCCCUAUGAAUUUUUGCUACAGUGGUAUCAAAUCCGGCCUUAGAGAAGGACCCUUAGUUCUUGACGUUUAUAAAUUUACGCAAAAGAGAGAAAUUAGAUAGGAGAAUAUAUUUUAUAUGAUAGAUCGCAACUGUACAGAUAGAUUGCAUAUAGCCCCUUUCAUGUUCUGCCGUUUUUUGUAUACUUAUUUCAUAAGUAUGGAAUCCAAGCUUUACGUCUUGUUUUACAAAUGGUUUUGGCAAUAGCCAAAAGGGGGUAGGCAGGUACCGAUUAGCACAACCUGAAUAUGUCAAGCUUUUUGCUAUUUUUAUAUGACGCCUCAUUGCAUCCGAAUGUUGUUAUCCUCAAAUUUAUUUAGGCAUGGAUAAUAUGAGACUUUAUUUUAUUU